AUGGAACCACCUUCUAGAACAAAAGAGCCCCCAGUGCAGCACAGCGCAUCAACUUCAGCGACGCCGAGCACUGAAAACCCUCAACAAUCCUUAGAAGAAAAUAUGAUGCCUUCAAAUGACAUGGAAAACUCAGGAAACUCUCAAAGACCCCCUAUAGAGACGCACGCUUCAAGCGAAAACCAGGAAAAAGAAAUCUCUCAAGAGGCUCCUGAUAAGAAGCAGACUACAAAUGGCAUUGAUGGGGCCGAAAUUCCAGGGCAAGCUCCUGAGGAACUGCAUACUGCAAGUGCCGUAGAGGGCAAAGAUAAUUCUCAACGACCUCCAGAUGUAGUGAUGACUACAAGCCAAAUUAAAGACACAGAGCACCCACAAAAAAGCCCUGAAGAAGUCAUUACUGAGAGCAGCAUAACAGAUAAAGAAAAUUUACUAGCCCCGCCUGAUAUAGUGAUGACUGGAAACGAAAUGAGAGAUACAGAUAACAUUACACAACUCCCAGAAAUUUCCACCAGAAACGAAAUACAAGGGUCAGAAAAACUAUUGACUACAAACGAGCAACAAAGCCCAGAAUGCAUAUACAGACGCCCUGAAAUAACGCUUCCUGCAUUUGACAUCCAAGUAGCAACGACAUCGAAAGCACGACCAGAAAUAUGUGCGGCCACUGCAUCACCGCGAACCCCAAAAAGGUCGCGAGACCAAAGACCAACUAGUACGAAAAAAGAGCUGUCUACACGGGCGAAGAUUGCUAGCAUACUUAAAGCCUGGAAGAGAGGUCAGAGGCGGCGCCGAGCUAGAGAAAGAAUGACUAAAAAUUUGGUCCGAAAAAUGUUGGGGCCCGGAUUUUGGAGAGACAUUACCGUGUCGGAUAGGAACGAGGCGGGUGGACCCGGGGUGCAACGUUCCACACCGACAUGCACAGCCACGACAGCGAGACCUCAUCCUCCUCAAAUAAGGGCAACAGAAUACCCACAAGCACAUUGUAGUACUACAAUGUCAACGAGUGCAGCCGCUACAACGUCUGAAGCUAUCGGGAUACGAGCUACCACUUCACAUACGGAGAUAGCAACGACCGCCAAUAAACCAUCUACAACAAGCGCAUUUGAACCUAAACAAGGAUCUCCAAGCGACGUGCUAAUUUUAGACGAUGAUGAUUCGUCAGAUUCUGAUACAAUUCCAAUCGAAGAAGCGAUUAAACAUUCGCCUCUUGCGGAAAUGGCAGCUGAAAUGGAUGCCAAGGAUAAGGUGGAAGCAAGACGAAAGGCCAGGGAAAAUCAAAAUUAUGAUCUGCAACGAGAGCUCGAGAAGAACAAAAGGAUGCACGAACAGGUGAUGAAGGAGAUGCAGCAACAUCUGAAAACCCCGUACGUGAAAGAUUUUUUAGAGUUCUUUCAAAGUGAAAUGUCUGAGGAGGAGACCCGAGACGACGUUCGUCAAAAAGUCAUGGAACAACUUGUGAAGAAUCCGAACUCAGGCGCCGCAGAUUUUCUUAAAGAUCUGAAGGCUCUGAACCUCAGUCCUGAAGAAUACGAGCAGAAGGGGUUGGAAAAGCUGAAGCUUUUGCCUAUCUCCCACAUGUUAGAUCUUUAUGCGCUGACCCUGCCGCUGGAAUAA